UCUAUGCAGCAGAACAGACAGAAUUGCACCCCUCCCUCAUUCUUUUGCACAAACAUCAGUAUGCCUACGCACAAGUCCAGCUGUCAUGUGUUUACCUCUGAUUUCAGGAAAACCCAACAAGAAUGAUUUAACCGGAAGAGUGUAGAUGCGUCCCAGCUGAGCCAAGAGAUUGUGCUUUUUCUUCAGCCUCUAUAUCAUCUGCCUCUUCGUGUGGACUUACUGCUCACAAACCCCAUGACGCUUUGCAGCAGACCUUCAUGCUGAUGGCUGAAAAAUGGAUGGUGUGCUGCUCAUCCAUCAAACAAACACGCACCUUCACAGACACCUCUUAUACAAACCAACACCGCAAUGGAACUGAAUGAAUAUAUCAGCAGCUGAACACGAUUGUUAGCACAGCAAUGUGACAGAAGGAUUGGUAGAGCUGCAGCCCCGCCCCGUUCUGUCUCAGAAUGCUGAGCCCAGUUCUCUGUUCCGAUCUCGCAGCCUUGGAGCCAGAGUACACAGAGGCGGAUGUCAUCUCUACGGUGGAGUUCAACCAGUCCGGAGAGUUCUUGGCCACGGGUGAUAGGGGUGGGAGAGUUGUCAUCUUUCAGAGAGAACCACAGGGCGAAUAUAAUGUUUAUAGUACAUUUCAGAGUCAUGAGCCUGAGUUCGAUUACCUGAAAAGUUUGGAGAUUGAGGAGAAAAUCAAUAAGAUUCGCUGGCUGCCUCUGCAUAACCCCGCCCACUUCCUCCUCGCCACCAAUGACAAGACCAUAAAGCUGUGGAAGGUGAGUGAGAGAGAUAAGCGAGCCGAAGGCUAUAAUCUGAGAGAUGAGGAGGGCAGACUGAAGGACCUCUCUACAGUCACCACUCUACAGGUGCCAGUCCUGCGGCCGAUGGAUCUCCUGGUGGAGGCGUCUCCACGGCGUGUUUUUGCUAACGCUCAUGCAUAUCACAUCAACUCCAUCAGUGUCAACAGCGACUGUGAGACGUACCUGUCUGCCGACGACCUGAGAAUAAACCUGUGGCACCUCAACAUCACUGACCGCAGCUUCAAUAUUGUGGAUCUGAAGCCUGAAAACAUGGAGGACCUCAGUGAGGUGAUCACGGUGGCCGAGUUUCACCCUCACCACUGCCACCUGCUGGCCUUCAGCAGCAGCACAGGAACCACGCGCCUCUGCGACAUGAGAGCGCGCGCACUCUGUGACCAGCACGCCAAGCUGUUUGAAGAAGCAGUGGAUCCAUCCCGGCGGUCCUUCUUCUCCGAGAUCGUUUCCUCGGUGUCAGAUGUGAAGUUCAGUCACAGCGGUCGAUACCUGCUCACUAGAGAUUACCUCACCGUUAAAGUCUGGGACAUCAACAUGGAAAAUAAACCAGUGGAAACAUACCAGGUCCACGACUACCUGCGAACCAAAUUGUGCUCUUUGUAUGAAAGCGAUUGUAUUUUUGACAAGUUUGAAUGUGCCUGGAACGGAACGGACAGCGUGAUCAUGACAGGGGCUUACAACAACUACUUCCGAAUGUUUGACCGGGCGAGUCUGCGUGACGUGACCCUGGAGGCCAGCCGGGAGGUGUGUAAGCGGCGGGCCGUCCUGCAGCCGCGGCGGGUGUGUGUGGGCAAGAAACGGAAAGAGACGGACGUCAGCGUGGACAGUCUGGACUUCAGGAAGAAAAUCCUCCAUACCGCCUGGCAUCCCGAAGAAAACAUCAUCGCCAUUGCGGCCAGCAACAACCUGUACAUUUUUCAGGACAGACUGACGCCCAAUGGACAUCACAACACGCCCGAAAUACAGAGUGCACCUCCCAAGUGGCAGACGCAAGCAAACCCUCCCACAUACUAAAUUCAGUUCAUGCCCUUUAUGAUCACAUUACCCAUUUGGAUUCAGUGUCGCCAGCAUCACAACAAACUGUUAUGAAAAUACAUAUCCCCCAAAAUUGAAUAAUAGGAACUAUAACUGUGGUCCGAAUGAGAAUGUAUCGCUCAGAUGCUAGCGCAUGGCAUGCAGUAUGAACACUCGGGUUAGAUGAUGUGAAGCCACCCUGACACAUUCAGAUGGCACAUGCAUGUUUACAAAGCUAUUGAACAGGGCUUAUUUAACAAAGUCGAUUGUAAACGAAUCAGAUGCUUUCUAACGCUCUGCAGUGCUUGUGUAGAAUUAAGUGCCCAUUCGUUUUCUUUGGUUUGACAAACUGCUCAGGGACUCUCUAAGGCCUCUUCUUAUGUUCAAUGGCAAAACGCACCAAAACGAAAUCCAGAACAAGCAGAGGACAGGAUGAAGGAACUACGGAGGUCUGCUGAGAGACAUUGCAUGCGCAGGGAUCAGUUUCGAUGCCGAGUCAUCACCUCCUUCACCGCAAUGUGUAAAGAACAUUCCCUCAACUCGACGCUUCUGACCACGUACUUACAGGCGCUUGCUAGCUAGUGCACUGGUUUGAUGGUUUUGUCUUGUGUGUUAAAGUAGAUCAACCAAAAAUGAAAAAGGAAUUUCCCACCCUCAUGGAUCUAUUGUGGAACACAGAGAGAGAAACUGAGCGGAAUGUUCGUGCUGCUCUUUUCCACACAAUGAAAACCUAUAGUAUCUUCACUAUAUAUCAGUUACGAGACAGGCAAGGUGUAAUGUAGUUUGCCGUUGAUGAUGUCAAAACCUACUAUGUGCGAGUAUUAAUGAGAUUUUAAUGCCAUAGAAGAAGAAUCUUGUUUUUUGAAUGUGUAUUUAAAUUUGUGUGUGUGUGUACAUUGGUGUGAAACGUACGGAGCCCCACACAUGGCAUACAGGAAAAAAAUAGUAGGCUUAAUCGUGUGCACCAUUUACUAUUUCGUUCCCACGAUUUGUUAAAUUGUGCACACGAUUUAUAAAACGAGAGAAUUAAUUAGUGAAUUGAGAGAACGAAAUAGUAAUGUGCACAUAUUAUUACAUCGAGGGAACGAAUUAUUAAAGUGCAUUAUUUAUUUAUUUUUUCUUGCAUGUCAUGUGUGGGGCUCAGUCGAUUAUCGAACAAAAAUAAGGUGUGAAUUGUUUCUGUGCGCUUGAUAGUGGCAGAUCUCGAAGUGUUUAAAAUUUCAUCCAAAAUUUGCAUUCGGCAUGAAAACUACUUUUCUAAAUCCAUGUUAUUACACCAAACAAUUUGGUCAAGAAAUUAAAAUUUCUCCAUUUUCACAUGGGUUUGAACAUGAGAGUGAGGGUACAUCAAAUUUGGGUGAACAAAUCCUUUAAUACAGAUUCAUCAGAGUGAGCUCGAUCACAGCUUUGAGUUAAAUCCCAAUUUACUGUAUGAAGUAUUUCAUGAUGCAUGUUGCCUGAUUGGUACCUUUUGAUCUGCAUAUUACAGAAGUAGCGUCCACAAGCGUGCGCUCACAGUGAUUGUGUUUCUAUCCUGAAAUGGGUUCAAAUACAAAGGAAACCUGAACUGAA